UUUGUCACUGAUUGUCAGCUAGCGAACAUGGCGGCUGUGCUGCUGUCAACCAAAAAUAUUAAUAAAAUAUUAAAAAAUCAUGUGAAACUAACGUAUAAAUUUUAUAGUAAUAAUUCAGUAAUUUUAAAUAAACCACAAUUCAUCUUAUCAUGUAAACAAUGUGCGGCUGCAAGUCAAUUUAGGUACUACGCUUCAUCAUCUCCAGGUAAAGCGGGAUCGUCAGAUACUGCCCAAAAUGUUUUGGCGGCAAUUUUGGCUAACAAACCUAAAACUGGAAAAAUACCGUCAGCAGGUAUCCAAAAACGGGACUGCUUUCACCCAGGUGCGUCUGUUUUGUCCCGGGAAGACAUCAACCUGGCGGACGCUAAGCCGGUCACCGGGGUGGACAUGAUCAGGGGCAUGCUGGAGUAUGUAUGGCCUAAGGACAAUUCAAUUAUCAGAAAUCGCGUCAUGCUCUCCCUUUCGCUCCUGUUCGGCGCCAAGAUCGUGAAUGUUUCUGUCCCGUUCCUGUUCAAAUAUGCCGUGGAUGAAGUGAAUGGUGCGGUGGCAACAUCUGGUGGCGAAGCGUUAUUGGGGAUGGCGACCGUGCCACAGGCGCUGGGCACUACAGCUGUUAGCUUGCUACUGGGCUAUGGCAUGGCACGAGCGACAGCAGCCGGCUUCAAUGAAAUGAGAAACGCUGUGUUCGCGAAAGUAGCUCAACAUUCUAUACGUAAACUGGCCUGCAAUGUGUUCGUACAUCUGCACAACCUCGACCUUAGCUUCCAUCUGGGCAGGCAGACCGGGGCUUUGUCCAAGACAAUAGACCGCGGCUCCCGCGCCAUAAACUUCGUGUUAUCCGCCAUGGUGUUCAACAUAGUGCCCACAAUAUUCGAGCUCACGCUUGUGUCUAGCAUAUUGGGGCUCAAAGGGGGCAUGGCGUUUGCGGGGCUCGCCUUCAGUUGCGUGGGCGUGUACGCGGCGUUCACGCUCGCGAUCACUCAGUGGAGAACCAAGUUCCGCGUGUUCAUGAACAGGGCGGAGAACGAGGCUGGGAACAAAGCGGUGGACUCGCUUAUUAAUUACGAAACUGUUAAGUAUUUCAACAACGAAAAAUAUGAGCUGGAGAAGUACGACUCGAGCUUACAGAAGUAUGAGGCUGCGUCGCUCAAAACUGCGUCGAGUUUAGCGUUGCUCAACUUCGGACAGCACGCGAUAUUCAGCGGGGGGUUGAGCAUUAUCAUGAUUAUGGCAGCCAAUGAGAUUGUUAAAGGAAAUAUGUCAGUCGGAGAUCUAGUAAUGGUAAAUGGAUUACUAUUCCAACUAUCGAUUCCCCUCGGCUUCCUGGGUUCCGUAUACAGGGAAGUGAGACAAGCGUUGAUCGACAUGCAGACUAUGUUCACACUAAUGACAGUGCAGUCUCGGAUAAAGGAAAAGGACGAAGCUCCUCCGUUGAAAGUAGACGCCAAGACGGCCACAAUAGAGUUCAAAGACGUCAGCUUUAAAUACAUCAAUGGGAAGCCUAUUUUCAACAAUCUCAGCUUGACCAUCCCCGCGGGGAAGAAGAUUGGUAUCGUCGGUGGAUCAGGGAGUGGAAAAUCAACAUUAGUUAGACUGCUGUUCAGAUUCUUCGAGCCGCAAUCAGGUCAGAUAUUCGUUAACGGACAGAAUAUAAAGGAUUUGGACCUUGCCAGUUUAAGAAAAGCUAUUGCGAUUGUACCCCAGGAUUGCGUGUUGUUCCACGACACGAUAUACCACAAUCUUCACUACGGCGACCUCGCGAAGACCAAAGAGGAAGUGUAUCAAGCAAGCAAAAUGGCCGAGCUACACAACUCAGUGGAAACCUGGCCUAAGGGCUACGAGACGCAGGUGGGCGAGCGCGGGCUGAAGCUGUCGGGCGGCGAGAAGCAGCGCGUGGCGAUCGCUCGGGCCAUCCUCAAGGAUUCUCCCAUCAUCGUCUUUGACGAGGCCACCUCCAGUCUGGAUUCCCUCACUGAACAUGCAAUCCUACAAGCGCUAAAAGCAGCUACUGUCGGCCGCACGUCUAUAUGUAUAGCGCAUAGACUAUCAACAGUGGCAGACGCCGACGAAAUCUUUGUUCUAGAACAAGGAAACAUUACCGAGAGAGGGAAACACGAGGACCUCUUGAACAAUCCUAAGUCAUUGUAUUUUAGACUCUGGGAGAAACAGAAUAGGGACGCAGUUGCUAAAUGAAGUUGGGACGUUUUUAUUCUAAGCUGUUGAACGCGUAUUGGUUGUAUUGCAGAAGUGUACUAAGUGCAGUUUGAAUUGUGAUUGGUUAUGGUUUUGUUUUUUAAACUAUGUUCUAUAUUUGAGAUUUUUUUGAAUACCUACAUUUUUAUAUGCACGAUUAUCCAGAGUAGGAAAAUAUUUUCAUGUCAUAUUCUUAGUAUUAUAGGUUCUGAGAUUAACAUAACAAGGACGAGUUUUCUAUCAUAAGUUGUUUUCAAAUUCGGUUGGAUAUUGGUUUUAUUUCUUCAAAAUAGUAAGGGAAGUAAAAAAGGUCAGAGGUUGAUGUGACCGCAGCAACUAUUUGUUUGUAGUUUAAAAAAGAAAACCAUUUAACAAUUUGCCGGACACACGGCGAUAGGCAGCCGUAGUUUCACGACUGAUGAACAGAUAGUGUUAAUACUUGUAGUAUUGGAUAGGAGUAACUAGCAAGACCCUCCGCGUUAAAAAUUGUGUUUUACAAGUACUGGACAGGGCUAGCUGGAAUAACUCCAGUCAGAUAAAUCUGGCAGUUAGUUUAUCUGUUAGAUUUUAACAUGAUAUUUUAUCAGAAGGUGAUUGUGGUUACGACAACUGCUAUAGUAUACUGCUGUUAACAAAGAUUGGCUAGUCCGGGCGACUCGUUUGCUUUUAUGUUUUUUGAGUAAAUGAUUUUAUUUUGUUAAUAUUUUAAAUGUUGACGCCAUCAGUCGUUAUUGUAAAUGUAUACGUUAUUGUAAUGUAAUGUAACGUGUAUAUAACGUUGUAAAUCAAUGUACUUUACAGCGUAUUAGUGCGUGUCAGAUGGUUUCGUUAAAAACGAUCACAAAAUGUAACCAAAAAUAUAAGUCAGGAAUUGUGGUUUUUCUGAAAUUAUUACUACACAGGUUUAACUAGAAUUAUGUAAAGCAGUUGAUUUUUAUGAUAACUUAAUGUUUAUCAUGUUAUUUCUGUUUCAUUUAUCUCAGUGAAAUAUUCCAAGAAAUAUGCUAAUAUCAGAUUAUUUGUUCAAUAUUGUCAACUUGUAUUUACUCUUGUGAAAUUAAAUAUUAUGUUUACUACCUCUUUAUUCUAAUUUAAAAACAUAAAUGUGUAUUCUUGGAGACCUGAAAAACCGGAUUAUUCUCUCAAUAGAUCGUCGAAAACUUUGUAAAAGUUAUUUUAUUGAUAAAUUGGUAUUCGAUACGUUUAAUGUAAAUAGUUGUUGAAACAUGUACAGUGAACGUUAAAUAAGUAUAUUAUUUUUUUAUA